GUCCACCCCAGCCAUCCUCCACCAUGCUUACAUUGACUGUUCCCGAGAACUACGGCGCCGUCAUCGCCGUCGCCCUGGGCGCAAUUCCCGUCCUGGGUUUUAUUCAUGGCAGCAUUGUGACGCGUCUCCGUAAGGGGGCCGAAGUCCCAUACCCUCACUGCUAUGCGACCGUGGAGCAAUGCAAGGCCAAUCCCAAAGCCGAGCAGUUCAACUGCGCCCAGCGCGCUCACGCCAACUUCCUUGAAAACUCGAGCCAAACUAUGCUCUUCAUCCUGGCGGCUGGACUGAAGUACCCUCAGCUGGCGACUGGACUGGGAAGCCUGUGGGUUCUGGGCCGUUCCCUGUUCCUCUACGGAUACGUAUACUCCGGCAAGCCGCGGGGUCGCGGACGAAUCUAUGGCGGGUUCUACUUGCUUGUGCAGGGGGCUCUUUGGGGAUUGACAUCAUUUGGGGUUGCGAGGGAGCUGAUUUCCUACUGA